GCUGCUCCUGCCUCCGCUCCCUCGCGUGACAUGGUGGUUGGCCCGGCCUGGCCUGGCCGGCGGCGCUUCACGUGUGGCCUCGCGGCGCCUCCCCGUUAUGUCUCAGGGGCCCAGCGAGACCGCCACGGAGCGGCAGCUGGAGCUGGCAGAGGACAGUCAUUCCGCAGUAACCGAUGACUCAGACACAGAAACGAAACUGAAAAGGAAAACGUCUCACAAACCUCCAAAAUCACCAAAGUCUCCGUACACCCAUAGGACGUGUCUCCAUUCUAAAAAGGCUGCAUUUCCACGGUCCUUUAAGGGCGCAGAGAGCCGAAGCUGUGAAAACCCCUUGGUUAAAGCGUCAAGGCAGCUGUGGUGUGGAUCUCUCAAGCAAGGUACUUGGAUGGGUCAGGCAAAACCAGGCCUUGACAUAGGUCCUGCGCUGUCCACUGUCACCGGCGGCACUCCGGAAUAUCUGAAGGAAGCUUUGGGCACGAAGAAGCCAAAACAUGCUCGCUUCUCCAGCAGUGGCUACGUCCCUGGAACUCCAGUCUACAAAGAAAAGGAAGAUAUGUAUGAUGAGAUAAUUGAGCUAAAGAAGACCAUCCAAGCCCAGAAAUGUGAAGCAGACCGGAUGAAAACAAAGCUUCGGCGACUGGAAGAGGAAAACAGCCGGAAAAACAAACAGAUUGAACAGCUGCUGGAUCCCUCCAAGAGCUCUGAGUUGGGCUGGCUACGGACAGAGCUGAAAAACGAUAGUAGCAUGGUGAUCAGUGGAUUGAAGCAGAAGAUUCUCAGGUUGGAACAGCAAUGCAAGGAGAAAGACAAAACUAUUAACAAACUCCAGACAGAUGUGAAGAGCACUGAUGUGGAAGAAAUGAGAAUUGCCCUGCAGACCUAUUAUGAGGAGAUCCAGCGACUCCAAACCCUGCUGGCAAAAUCGAAGACUGUACAACGAAAGUCUCCUCCCGAGAGCGAACAGCAGAAGGUGCUCAACGCUGCUGUCCGGCAGUUAUCCAGGAGCAUCAGAGAGCUGCGAGAUGAAAACCAGGCACUGAAAGUAGAUCUAGGCCAAGCGCUGAGCAGCUCCCCUACCUGCAGUAAAGCAACAAAUUACACUGGAUGGAGCAGUCAAAGGCUGGUUCGGCGGAUUUCAGAGUUGGAGAAAAAAAUGAAUGAGAAGCAGAAGGGCGGGCUGCAGCUUUCAGAGACCAGCAUGUCACCGUCGCUCACGCCAUUGGCUUCUGCACAGCUGGAUCAGACAGUUGCUAAGGAAUCUGAUCCCCCGGAAGAAUUUGAGCAUCUCCGUAAACUAGUGAAGAAGCUGAAAAGCCAACGGGCAGCCCUUCAAAAUCAGCUGGCUGUUAAAGAGGAAGAAAUCCAGCAGCUGACAGAGAAAGUGAGAGAGCUGGAGGAAAACCAAGGAACGAUUUGUAGACAGGCUGGAAUUGAUGCUACGGAACCCUCCAAUCAGAGCCAGCAGGAAUUUCACUCCAGUUCUCAACAGUCGCACCCGGCUCGCGUGCUGAAUUACGGGGGUUCAAAUUUGGUGCUUUCACCUCCUUACUCUUCUGAACGUCAGCAAAAAGAAGAAGCUGCUCGAGUCAUCCAAAGACAGUGGAAGGCCUAUAAAACCAAGAUUAAAGGGGUUGCACUGGAUAAGGUAGCUGUUGUGCUCCAGGCGGCUUUCAGGGGACAUUUAGCUCGGCAGAAACUGUUAUCGAAUAACGUGCAAAGUCGAAACUCUUCCGACAUACCAAGCGCUGGAAACAAGAACCCAGGUUUGUCUCAUGGGUCCAGCUCUUUGCACGUAGCUGCUGAUUGCACUGCAGAACAGGAGGCUUGGAGGCUCACCCAGUCUGUUUUCGGGGCUCACGUUACACGCACGCAACUUGGAGGAAGGCCUCUGAUCUCCAGCCCUGGGAGUGAGAGAGAGAGCCCAGCUGCUUGCAGUGAAGAAGAGAAGCCAGUCUGGUCUCUGUUUAAAUAUUCACCUCUAGUCUUCACUUCAGCAGUUCCUGCCACGUCCUCCCAGAAUCAGCUGCAGCCCCCUCCCUCUCCUCCUGCAGACGAGGCUCACUCGGACGACUCGGAUGAUAUCAUCACAGUGUUGACAUCACCGGUGAAGAAAACCUCAUCUUUGGAUUUCAGUGGCCACCUGUCCCAUUCUCUCAUGCACUCCUAGCUUUGAGAACAAAAAGACGUCUUGGCUUUGCUUGGCCAGGUGACACUGUCCAGUGUGUCGGAGGGCACAGAGCUUAGUUCUCAACAAAGGAGAGAGCUGAAGAUGGUUAAGGCCCCCAUUUGCUUGGUGGUUUUGAGGGGGAUCGGAGCGGGGGCAUCCAUCGCAGGUCCAGUUCCUCACAGCUCACAUGCACUGGGAAGUUCUGCCUUUCCUGCUCCCUCUUCUUUCUACAGCUUAGGUGUUGCGUGUGCAACGCUAAUGGCACAAGACGUGGCCAUGCUGGUUCACCUUGCGCGUGGAGCCACGCAGCACGAGGCAUAAAAGUGGGUGUGGGCGGACCCCUGAAACCAGCGGCCGUGCUGUGUUCUCCCCUUUAAGGACACGUUGCGUUAGUCACCUUGGAGAGAAGAAACUCGACACCAGGCUGAGCUUUUUUAUUCAUCUGCAUUCCUGUAUUCCUUGUGCCCUAAAAUAACCAGGCCUGUGGACAAAUGUGUGGCCGGAAAAUACAGAAACACAGCGAGCUUCUCUAGGGAUCUUGAACCGAAAGCAACCAGAGCCAAACGCUUCAAAGAUUCCAAAGGAAAAUGUUAUCUCCAGCAAAAGAGAGAGACAAUUUGCUGGAAGUGUAGAUGAUAACGGAAUUAGGAAUCACAUCUGGCCGUUGGCUUUUGCUAAGCAAUACCAAAUCCACACAACGAGGCUCCUAGCUCCUUUAUCUUCCGGCUCUCUCAUCAGACGAUCUCUCUCCCCCACUGGAGACAUUCCUUUAUCUCUAAACCAUUGGUGUAUUAACAGCCACAGUCAAUUGGCAGAGACCACCUCUUACCUUUUUUUUUUCUUUCUUAAUGCUUAUUUUACUCUUCACAAGAGCUGCAUGAGUCACUUUGUGCUUGCAUUUCUGCCAGUAACCGUGUGUGAUCACCUUAGGGCACAGUCUUUUGCAUAUUUAGAUGGGGAAAAAUUCCUGCAACUCUCAGCAAAGCUGGCUGGGGCAUGCUGGGAGUUGUAGGGUUGUUGUUUUUCUCAUCUAAACACGUAUAGGCUGGCGCUCUUAGGAAUAUACAAAGCGCCCAUGUACCAGGUCAGACUAUUUGUCCAUCUUGUCUUAAUGCUUUGUAUUUGGACUGGCAGCAGCUUUCAAGGAUCUGAGGCAGAGAGUGGACUUAUUUAUAUUAUUUAUUUUAUUUCUAUGCUGCCCAAUAGCCAAAACUCUCUGGGCGGUUCACAAAAAUCAAAGCCAUAAGGUACAGUGUAAUAUCUAAAACAUGGAUGCUCGUGGUCUGAGUAUUGCUCCCGACGAAACCUGGUCGAUGCACCCUGUGUUAAUGGGCUGAGUGUCCAUCUCCUGAGAUGUUAAAUCAAUGCGCAUCUCUGUUGUAGGUUGCUUAGGGAUUGCACAUUUUCUAUUUUGUAUUGUAUGGGGCUGUACCACAGGUUUCCUUCUAAUGGUCUGCUUCAGCAGCCGUGUUAAUUGAGUAGUUUUGAAGACUCUUCUCGCCCUUACUCCAUGUAUGGCCAGGUGGAAUUUAGCCGCCAUGAUUUCUCUGACCGUUGCUAGAGAGCUGAAGGAGACUAUACAUCUCUUGAGGUAGGGAGGACUUGGGAGUAUAUUUAGCACACUUAUACAACUUGGCUGGAUUUCCAUGUUUAACAGUACAUUUAAGUUAUUUGCCACUCUAGUUUUGUACAGCGGGCGCUGGAGGUACGGAAGCUUCUGUUUGCCAUAUAGGAUUAAAUUUUACUAAUCUGAGAUUACAUGCGGGCCAGUACUGGUACUGCAAUUGAGCCUACUAUCAGUUUUAUAUUAUUGGCUUGUAUUAUUCUUCUGAUUGUGGUGAGAUGGUGUAUGGAUAUGCUUUUAUGUUAUUAUGUUAAUAUGUUAUUUUGCUACUAUUUUAUUUGUUUGCGAAUGGCCUAGUUGGCUAACAAGCAAUAAAGAAUAAUUUAAAAAAAACCACAAUAUAAAAGUACAACCAGAAGAAAGCUCUUUGGAUGCAAUCUUGUCUGUUAGAGAUUUGUGGCACUUACUGACCUGAUUUAGCAAAGAGGAGAGGGAAGAUGCAUCUUCUUUAUUGGUUGAAGCCACUCAGCCUUCCUAAGAUUACUUACUCCUUUGCUGACGGAAUUGCACUGGCUACCUAUUGGCUACCAGGCCAGGUUUAAGGUUUUGGUACUAGUGUACAAAGCCCUAAACAACUUGGGACCAGGAUACCUGAGAGAGCGCCUUCUCCCUUACCAACCUGCCCGGUCACUGAGGUCACGGGAGGGCAUGUUCCUGGUGGUUCCACGUGGACCUGUGGCCCGAUUGGAAUCCACCAGGAGAAGAGCCUUUAUUGUGGUGGCCCCUUCUCUGUGGAACUCCCUGCCCCUGGAGGUCAGGCAGACGCCAACACUGCGCUGCUUCCCGUGCCUCCUGAAAACAACCGUUUUGAGAAGCCUUCCUCAACUAACUAACCACUGUUUUCCUGGUUCCUUUGUUUUUAAAUCGAAUAAUUUUUAUUUUCUGUUUUAAUUUUCUUUCUUUUACUGUUUAUACCUAUGUUCACCGCUCUGGAAUCUGUAUUAGAUAAUUAAGUGGUAUAUCAAUAUUGUUAAUAAUAAUAACAACAACAUUUCAUACAAAGCCAAAGAAGGAAGCCCACCGGAUCUUUUAAUGGCAAGUGUUGCAAGAAAGAAAAAACAGCUUUUAACGGCAAGGAUGACCAUUUGCAUCUUCCAUAAGCAUAAAUCUCUGUUCCUCGGAAAAUACUGCCUGCGGUUGCGCGUCCAGUGUGUUCCCUCCCCACCCCACCCUGCCCACCCUCCUUAACAUAAAAGAAUGAAAUUGGCUCCUCCACUUAUGCUGGAUGCUUGUUAAGUCAGGGCUGGGGUCUGUUCUUUAUCUGACACUUACUGUCAUUUAUGCCAGUACUUGCAGCCAAGAAGGAUGGCUGCAGUACAGAGCAGAUGAGUUUUGCUUAAUCCCAUCAGUGGAAACGCUGCCUGUAGUGUUUCCAGAGGCAGCUGCUGGGAGCCGUACAGAGCAAAGGCAAUCAGCAAAGAGAGGUUUACACACUAUCGGAUAAAUUAAUUCCGGCUGCUGUUCUAGUCACGUGAUUCCCAUUGUCGGGCAGAAGGUGGCUCUGGUGUGUGUUCCGAACUGGUAUGUUUUCUGAACAGCUAUAUGUGCAGUUAGAUACUACCGAUAAUGUAAGGGAAGAUGCUGGAGUCCUGAAGUUCGGUACUGAAAUGGGAGUGAGGGGAUUGAAAGCAACAAUUAAGGCCCAGGAGGCCUCUGCAGAUGGUAGUGAAUCGUCGGACUUUGAUAGAGAACUUGGAAGAUGUACCCGGGCCAAGACAGCAGCGAAAUGUUUCCCAGACGCUGGUCCUAAGGGAGCUACUAGUAUGAGUAAUUUGAUGGAACUAGAUCUUCUUUCUCACAACAGCGAGCAGUAAUAGAGAGCUAAUAAGAAAGCACUUAUGAGCAAGAUGAGGGGAAAAGAGGCUUGCAUUUCCGUAGGGCCGCGAAUCGCUUUCGAUUUGGUUAAUCUGUUGGGAUUCAGUGGCCACCCUACAAAGUGUUCACUGAAUAGCUUGUUGCAAGGGGUGCCAGAGCACAGACCCAAAAGGUUCCUGGUUCUAGCUGGAGCAGUUUCCUCACAGCAUAUAAUGUUGUAGCCAUCAUGGCUGUAAGAAGCUGCAUGGGUCAAAGACUAAACCUCUAGAUGAAUCUAGAUGAAACAAUCCAUACCUUUUCCCUUUGAACUCCUAUCUGCCUUCCUGACAGAAUCGGGUUCAAUAGCCUGGGGACAGAGGCUAAAUUCCCCAAGAGGCAAUUUGGUGGCCACGGCUUUUACUGGUCUGUUUUUCUUCGUUUUUUUAAUUUAAAAAACCAAUUUUAGAUGACUUGUUUAAUUCGUUUAUGGUAUUUUGUUUUGUUUAGUAUAAGCCACGAGAAAUAUUCUAAUAGAAAAGAGGUGUACCAAUGUUUUAAAUGAAUAAAAUUAAAAACUCUACUUUGA